CUCCGUGAGCAGUUAUCACUCUUCCCUCUCUUUUCUUUCAUUCUCUUUCCAAUUCUCGCUUUAUUCCCGUUUCUUCGUCUUCCAUUUUCUUCUUUUCUUCAUCGAUUUUGAUUCUUCGUUUCUGGUUCUCAUUGAUAUAUCUGUGUUUUCUGAAUCUUAUCAAUGCGUUUGGUGAGUAAUGUUUACAUUUUUCAAUUAAUUUGUCUGUAAUCGUUUUUUAGGUUUUUUAGGCAUUUUUUUUUAUUUUUUAUUUAAAUUUUUCAAUUGUUUGUUCAUAUUUGUUGAUUUUCUCUUUGUAUUGUGUUGAUUAUAACUGAUUUGUGUUUUAUUUUCAGUUAAUCUGACAUCAUGAGUGAUUCCGAUUUGAAUAAAACAGUAACUCAAAUCAUUAGACAAAUGAAAAGGCCUGUCACUGUUGAUAAUGAAGUGGAGAAUGUCGCUAAUUCUCCAGUUCGAAAAAGUUUAAGAAUCAAAAUGUUACAUGCAGAUGAAGUUCCUGUUUGUAAGACUGAGAAAAAAUCAAGAAUGAAGAGGAGAGCAGUUAAAAAAUCUGUAUGUGGUAAAAGGAAAGCAGAACAUGUUGUGGUUAAAAGAGACAUUAAGAUGAGAAGGCUUGGAAGUGAUAAUCUGAAUAAAAAUGAUUCUACUCAGAACUUUGAUCUUUUAAUUGCUCCGAAUCUCCGGUUUGUUGGAAAAGUUGGCAAGGCUUGUUCUUUUGAUUUAUUUGUUCAGUCUACCAAGAACAAGUUUUGGACCUUGCUGCAGGCAUCAAAACAAGCUACAUUUUAUCGAUUGUAUGGCUUUCCUUAUGCCAUUCAAUUUUGGUUCUAUGAAACUCUGACUACUGUGCCUGCUUUUUUGUGUUCGUUGAAUAAUGCUGCUGCGUAUCCUCGAUUUAUGCGUUGGAGUCUGAAGGAUAUGAGAAAGAUUCAAAACUUUGAUUUCAAAGUUUUUGAUGAUCCAAAUGAAAAGGUUAUAUCAAGUUCAAACAUUAAAGCCACUGCUUAUGAAUUAAGUGAAAUAUUGUGUCUGGACUGAAUGAUCAAGAUUCUGUCUUUAAAGAAGAGGAA